GCUAAAGUUCAUCCUGGAGGGGCUGGCGCAGUGGUGAAGGGGGAAGGCUGGGGGCGGAGGGAAGGGAGCCCGACUGGUCCCACCCCCGGCUGUAACCCCUGGCAGGAAGAGAUUGUAGCGGGAGCCGCCGCUGAAAGGCUCGGAGCGCUGGAGGAAGGGCGCCCGAGCCGCGGCGGGUGGGUCCGCGAGCCGGGAGGACCCGCGCCAAGGCGGGGACGCGCCGCCGGGAGGAGGGGGCGUGGCCUAGGCGCCUUCGGCCGGGGGACCCCGGUGGCACUGUCGGCUCCCUCCUUCCUGGGGCGGGCGAGCCAGCCAUGCUCCUGUCCGGGGGCGACCCUCCGGCGCAGGAAUGGUUCAUGGUGCAGACCAAGUCGAAGCCCCGGGUGCAGCGGCAGCGGCUGCAAGUGCAGCGCAUCUUCAGGGUCAAGCUGAACGCUUUCCAGAGCCGCCCGGACACCCCCUACUUCUGGCUGCAGCUCGAGGGGCCCAGGGAGAACAUGGGCAGAGCCAAGGAGUAUCUGAAGGGCCUCUGCAGCCCGGAGCUGUGGAAGGAGGUCCGCUACCCGGCGGCCCUGCACUGCGCCUUCCUUGGGGCCCAGGGCCUCUUCUUGGACUGCCUGUGCUGGAGCACGCUGGCCUACCUGGUGCCUGGUCCGCCGGGCUCCCUGAUGGUGGGCGGGCUGACCGAGUCUUUCAUCAUGACCCAGAACUGGCUGGAGGAGCUGGUAGGGCGGCUGCGCUGGGGCCCUGCCCCUCUGCUCACCCCCCGGGGCAUCUGGGAAGCCGAGGUGACCCGGGCUUUUGGGGCUCUGGUCUGGAUCCGUGGUGACCAGUAUGCAGGGGACCUGCUGCAGCUGCCCGCGGCAGUCCAGGAGCUGCUGCUGAGCCUGGUGCGGGAUGCUGCGGGCAAGGAGGACAUCAUCCAGUGGCUCGGCUGCAUUGGCGCCUCCGACUCCCGCUCGGACCCCGAGCUCCUGAUCUGCCCAGCCCACCAGCAGAAGGAAGGUCCAGCCAUGGUGUCCAUGGGAGACGGUCCCGGGCCUUUUCUGGAGAUGGGGAGCCCAGAAAAUUCAAAGAGGUUAACCAGCCUAGGCGCCAUGGGGGCCCUCAUCCCAGGCCAGAACGCUCAGCUGGAGACAGCAAACCAGCUGGUACGGGUUGGUUCCAACAACCAAGGUGGUACGGACAGUGCUUGUGAGGAAGGGUCAGUACAAGCCAGCGGCAGCCAGGACCCUGCGGACCGCACACAAGCCUCGUCCCAGCAGCGGCAGGCCCGGAGGGGGGAAGACAAGCUCCCUCUCCAGCCUCCAGUGUCAGCCCUGAGUGUGUGCUCGCCCUGGAAGUCCUGGACCCCGGGGCCAGCCUUCGGGCCCUUGUGGCCGGGGACUAUUGCUGCAACCUUCUGGAGGAUCAAUGAACUGCAUUCUCUCCACCUGGCCUGGCUCCUGUCCCAGACUUGCUUCAGUUUCCCUUUCUGGCAGAGGCCACUGGGCCCCAUUCAGUUCAAGCUGCCAGGGCAGAAUCCUUUGCCCUUAAAUCUGGGAUGGAAACAGAAGGAGCUGGUUCCUUUGCCCAGUGUGGAAAGCCCAGAUUGUAGACCAGAUGGGGGGCAAGGAGGAGAGGCAGCCCUACGGAAUUGCCCAAGGCCAGAGACCCCUAAAAAAGUAAUGAGUUUAUUGGUGGUCUCAGGAGGCUCGGGGGUAACGGACAAGGCUAGCCCAGGACUUCCACAGAUAGGGCCACCUUUGACCUCUACACCCCAACUCCAAGCUGGAAGUGAGCCGGGGGAUCGAGGAAAUAUGCAGUGGGAUUGUAAGGAACCCGAAGAGAGGCCGUUUCCAGGGCCCUCCACAGGGCAAGGGGUGCCUACUGCUCAGGGGAGGCCCGCCACUCAAGGGGGGCUGACAGCUCCUUCAGGACCUGAACCUCAAACAGUGCCUGAAACUCUCAAAGUGCCCAUGGCUGCAGCAGUGCCCACAGCUCAAACCCCACCCACAAAUCCCGUGCUGCCUGAAGCCCGCAAAGUGCCUGAAACCCAGAUUGUGCCGGCAGUCCAUGAAGAACCUGCAGCCCCCAAAGUGCCUUUGGCUCCCACAAAGCCAGCCGCUCAGAUGGGGCCUGCAGCUCCCCAAACUCCCACAACUCAGAAAAGGCAUGUGGCAAAAACAUCGCCUGCAGGUCCCCAGACGCCCAGAGCCCAGACCGGGACUACAGCUAAAACAGGGUCUGCAGCUCCCAGAACUUGCCGAGCUCCAAAGAUGCCUGCAGCUCAGAAGGCACCCACAGAUCCAGGGCCAGCCCCGGACGCAGCCAGAUUCCCAAGUGAGGGCCAGCCUUCGUCAAGGGGCAGUGCUUCCCUCCUGAAGGGCCAGGGGGAAGCUGGAAGGCAGGGGCCCCAGUCCAGCGGCACUUUGGCUCCCAGUCGUAAGCGCCAACCUCAGGUGGAGGGGCUCCUAGGGGCUCGGGAGGGGGUUCCGAGGCAGCCGCCUCGCCACCCACAGGCGAACAGCACAGUAACCAGCUUCCAGAGGUACCACGAGGCCCUGAAUACACCCUUUGAGCUGAACCUGUCAGAAGAACCGGGGAACCAGGGGUUGAGGCGAGUGGUCAUUGACGGCAGCAGCGUGGCCAUGGUGCAUGGCCUCCAGCACUUCUUCUCCUGCCGGGGCAUUGCCAUGGCAGUGCAGUACUUCUGGAACCGGGGACACCGAGAGGUCACUGUGUUUGUACCCACCUGGCAGCUUAAGAAGAACCGGAGGGUGAGAGAGAGCCACUUUCUGACGAAGCUACACUCCCUCAAGAUGCUUUCAAUCACCCCGUCUCAGCUCGAGAAUGGCAAGAAGAUCACUACCUACGAUUAUAGGUUCAUGGUAAAGCUGGCAGAAGAGACAGAUGGCAUCAUCGUCACCAACGAGCAGCUCCAUGUCCUGAUGAAUAAUUCCAAGAAACUUAUGGUCAAAGAUCGCCUGCUGCCCUUCACUUUUGCGGGGAAUCUCUUCAUGGUGCCCGACGAUCCUCUGGGCCGUGAUGGCCCCACUCUGGAUGAGUUUCUGAAGAAGCCAAACAGGUUGGACACUGACAUUGGCAACUUCCUGAAGGUGUGGAAGACCCUUCCUCCCAGCUCUGCCAGUGUCUCUGAGCUGAGUGAGGAGGCUGACCCUGGGCCCCCGGAGAGUCUGCAGAAUGUGGAAGAAGUCAGGGAGGAGAAGGAGGAGAGGCAGGGAGAAGAGCAGGAGAUGCAGAAGCCGGCCGAGAAGGAGGAGGACCUGGACUCUUCGCUGAUGUCCGUGUUCAGGGCUGAGUGCUUUUCCCUCUCAGAGGAAAUACUCUGGUGCCUCAGCCUGCACGACCCCCAGGAUGAAGCCCUCGACAUCGAUCUCCUGCCGGCGGUACCUUCUCCCUCCCUGGGCAUCCCCUGGGAUGGGAAGGCUCCCUGCCAGCAGGUUCUUGCCCAGCUGGCCCAGCUCACCAUCCCCAGCAACUUCACCGCGCUCUCCUUCUUCGUGGGAUUCAUGGACUCCCACCGGGACGUCAUCCCUGACUAUGAAGCCCUUGUGGGGCCCCUGCACAGGCUCCUCAAGCAGAAGCCGGACUGGCAGUGGGACUGGGAGCAUGAGAAGGCCUUUCUGGCCCUGAAGCGAGGUCUGGUGUCCGCCCUCUGCCUGACGGCCCCCAACCCCCAGCUGCCCUUCCGCCUGGAGGUGACGGUGAGCCAAGUGGCCCUGACGGCUGUCGUGUACCAGGAGUGCUCAGGGAGAAAGCACCCCGUAGCCUAUACCUCGAAACCCCUCCUCCCCGACGAGGAGAGCGAGGGCCCGCAGUCAGGGGGAGACAGUCCCUAUGCCAUGGCCUGGGCCCUCAAGCAUUUUUCCCGCUGCAUUGGAGACACCCCAGUGGUCCUGGGCCUUUCCUAUGCCUCCCGGACCACUGUAGACCCUGGGGCAGGGGACGGCCGCAGGGUUGCCAAAGCAUGGUUGAUCAGAUGGUCCCUCUUGGUACAGGACAAGGGUAAGAGAGCACUGGAAUUGACCCUCCUCCAGGGCCUGCUGGGGGAAAACCGGCUGCUGACUCCUGCGGCUUCCAUGCCUCGUUUUUUCCAGGUUCUGCCUCCUUUCUCCGACCUGUCCACUUUUGUCUGCAUCCACAUGUCGGGGUAUUGCUUUUACCGGGAGGAUGAGUGGUGUGCUGGCUUCGGUCUCUACGUUCUAUCUCCCACCAGCCCCCCUGUCUCCCUUUCCUUCUCUUGCUCCCCUUACACCCCGACCUAUGCCCACCUGGCGGCCGUGGCCUGUGGCCUGGAGCGCUUUGGCCAGUCCCACCUGCCCGUGGUUUUCCUCACGCACUGCAACUGGAUCUUCAGCCUCCUCUGGGAGCUCCUUCCCCUCUGGAGGGCUCGGGGCUUCCUCUCCUCCGACGGGGCUCCGCUACCUCACCCAAGCCUGCUCUCCUACAUCAUAGCCCUCACCUCCGGCCUCUCAUCCCUUCCGUUCAUCUACCGAACCUCCUACCGGGGCUCCCUGUUUGCUGUGACGGUGGACACCCUGGCCAAGCAGGGAGCCCAGGGGGGCGGCCAGUGGUGGAAUUUGCCAAACGAUGUGCCAGUCCCUGUGGUGUCUCCCCGUACCACGGGCAAGAGGCUCAACUUGCUGGCGUUACAGCUGAGCGACGGCACCCUGGCUGAUAUCAUUGCCAAGCUGCAGGCCGGGCAGAAAUUAUCCAGCUCCUCACCCUUCAGUUCUGCCUUUAACUCCCUCAGUCUCGACAAAGAGAGUGGCUUGCUUAUGUUCAAGGGAGACAAGAGGCCCCGGGUCUGGGUAGUCCCGAGGCAGCUCCGGAGGGAUCUGAUUUUUGCUGUGCACGACCUCCCCAUGGGGGCCCACCAGAGGCCCGAGGAGACCUACAAGAAGCUGCGGUUGCUGGGAUGGUGGCCGGGCAUGCAGGAGCACGUGAGAGAUUACUGUAGGAGCUGCUUGUUCUGUAUCCCCCGGAAUCUCACAGGCAGUGAGUUGAAGGUUAUUGAGUCCCUGUGGCCACUUAGGUCCACCGCUCCCUGGUCCAACCUGCAGAUAGAGGUGGUGGGCCCGGUCACUGUCAGCGAGGAGGGCCACAAGCACGUGCUGAUUGUGGCGGACCCCAACACCAGGUGGGUAGAGGCAUUCCCGCUGAAGCCCUACACACACAUGGCUGUGGCCCAGGUGCUGCUUCAGCACUUGUUCGCGAGGUGGGGUGUUCCGGUGAGGCUGGAGGCCGCCCAGGGCCCCCAGUUUGCCCGCCAUGUCCUGGUAAGCUGUGGGCUGGCCCUGGGAGCCCAGGUGGCCUCCUUGAGUAGGGACCUCCAGUUCCCCUGCCUGACGAGCUCCGGGGCCUACUGGGAAUUCAAGAGGGCCCUCAAGGAGUUCAUCUUCCUGCAUGGCAAGAAGUGGGCAGCUUCCCUGCCCUUGCUGCACCUGGCCUUCAGGGCCUCCUCCAGCCAGGCCACGCCGUUCCAGAUCCUGACGGGGGGCGAGGAGAGGCUGACCGAGCCCCUGUGGUGGGAGAUGAGCAGUGCAAACAUCGAAGGGCUCAAGAUGGAUGUCUUCCUGCUACAGCUGAUGGGGGAGCUGCUGGAGCUCCAUUGGAGGGUGGCUGAGAAGACGAGUGAAAAGGCUGAGAAUAGGCGUUUCAAGCGGGAGAGCCAGGAGAAGGAGUGGAAUGUGGGUGACCAGGUCCUCUUGCUGUCCCUCCCCAGGAACGGCAGCAGCGCCAAGUGGGUGGGUCCCUUCUAUAUCGGGGACCGGCUAAGCCUGUCCCUCUACAGGGUCUGGGGCUUCCCCACCCCAGAGAAGCUUGGGUGCAUCUAUCCUAGCAGUCUGAUGAAGACCUUUGCCAAGAGUGGCACCCCGCUGUCCUUCAAGGUCUUGGAGCAGUGAGCUGGAGCUGUGGGGGAGCCCCCCGCCCCAGGGUCCUGGGCUUCUGCUGCUAGGCCUCCCCUUAACCCCAGCAAUGCUCUCACAGCCCCCUGGGGGCCCUUCAUUGUGCCUUUUGUAGAGAAGUUACUUCAUAAAGCUUUGCUGAACUGUCUUGAACUGGGGACCAGCGUCCCUAUGGAAACAUGCCCAGUAUGGGGUAUUGGGAGAAUCUGCUAAAGGCUGUCAGAUGUGGGCCUCUGACAAUUUUACCCUGGCAGGUAUCCCUUCCUGGGGCAGGCCAGGUUCAAUGUCUCUCCCCAGGUGAAAGUGUACAUAUACACACGUAGCCCAGAAUCUUAUUUCUGGCUGUCUUUACCAUGAAACAGUGUGGCUCUGGACCUCAGAAUCAAAACCACAUUCCCCUCUCAAACAGAAACCUCGAUUGUGGGCUCCUCCCCCGAUUGCUGUCUCUGAGUGGGGACCCUUUGCCCGUGAAUCUGUCACAGCUGACCCAAAUCCAUGCGGGCUGUGGAGAGGCAGCCCGUCCCUUAUCUCAUGGUUCGCUUUCUCAGACCAGGCUAGGCCUGCCCAGCUGUUAAGGAAAGGCUGGCAGUCCUGGGCCUCGAGGCUCGGAACCGGGGUGGGAGGACGGCCGGCCAGCCAUCCUGUAGGUGCAUCCUGC